UGUAAGAUGUGUAUGUGUGUUGAGUAUAAAAGACUGCAGGCUGCUUUCUGAUAUUUCUGCUGGUAGCUGCUGCCGUGUGGAAUCUGAUUAGCAUCAUCACACAUCACGAUAAAGGGAGCAUUCUAUGGGUAAUUGUCAGAACUAAGGUUGAAAAGUGCAAUGGCCGUACCAAUGUACCUUCUGUUACUUCUCCUACCCUGUGUGGUAUCGGGGCGCAACUCAGUUAAUCCUGGCUGUAGAAUAAGGAUCACAUCUAAGGGGCUACAAUUUGUAAAACAACAGGGUCUGAAAUUUGUGGAAGAGGAACUGGAAAACAUCACAAUCCCAGACCUGUCUGGAAAAGAAGGGAGAUUCUCAUACAGCAUCAACAAUGUGCAUGUCACGCAUUUGCAGCUCUCUUCCUCCGAGUUGUGGUUUCAGCCACACAAGCAACUUGUGUUGGACAUAAACAAUGCAUCCAUCAGUCUCAGCUUCCAGCGAAAAUUGCUGUAUUGGCUCUUCUAUGACGUGGGGGUUAUUAAUGCCUCUGCUGAGGGGGUGCAUAUUAAAACGGAACUGGAGCUUGCACGGGAUACCCUUGGCCGUUUAAAGAUUACCAACAUGUCAUGCGAUGCAUCCAUCAGCAAAAUGCAGGCUGGUUUCACCGGCACCCUUAAGAUGGUGUAUGAAUUUCUGAGUACUUUCAUAACCUCAGGGAUGAGAUUUCUCCUAAACCAGCAGAUUUGUCCUGCACUCAGACAUGCGGGGCUGGUGCUACUGAACUCUCUCCUAAACACAGUGCCUGUACGGAAUCCAGUGGAUGAUUAUAUAGGAAUUGAUUAUUCCCUCUUGAGUGACCCAGAUGUGUCUGAGGACAACUUGGAUAUGGACUUUAAGGGCAUGUUCUUCUCACUGUCUGGAAAAAAUGUCACACUUCCCAACACUUCGCCACCACUGUAUAUAAAGCAGCAGGAACGCAUGGUGUACAUUGCCCUUUCUGAAUAUUUUUUUGAUUCAGCGAUGCAUGCAUAUUAUCAGUCUGACAUACUCAGUCUGGAUAUUGCUGAUGAACAGAUGCCCAAAGAUCUGGAAGUCCUGCUGCGUACUUCAUACUUUGGAAGUAUCAUGUUGCUGGAUCCAUCUGUGGCUGAAGCCCCAAUGAAGCUGGAGUUACGCGUCUCCACUCCACCACGUUUCACUAUCAAGCCGUCUGGUACCAGUGUCUCAGUCAAUGCCAUCUUAAACAUAUACCUGGCCCCACCGGACAAGCCACUUGUGCAGCUAAGCAGCAUGACCAUGGAAUCGCGCCUCAAUGCCAGAGUGUCUCUGAAGAGAACUACCUUGCAGGUUCAGCUGGACCUCAAAAGGUUCCGAAUUUACUCCAAUAAGUCAGCACUGGAGUCUCUGGCACUCAUCCCAUUACAAAAUCCUCUAAAGACACUUCUGCAGUUGACUGUGAUGCCUGUGCUUAACGAGAGAACAAAGAAAGGAGUUCAGAUUCCAUUGCCUGAAGGGUUGGAUUUCAAGAGGGAAACCACAACGCACCAUGCCGGGUUCAUUCUUAUUGGUGGAGAUCUGCACUUUUCCAAAAGCCUGCGAGAGGUUAUUGAGAAAUACCGGCCACCCCCAACAGCAGCUACUGCAGGGCCUAAUGAAUCCAUCUAAAAAUAUGAAAGCAAGGGUCUUGAGGAGGAGUCUCACAAAAAAGGGAGCUCUGGUACAUAAAUCCAACAAGCCCUUAUGAUAUGCAUCCAAACCAUUGACUCAAGGCCAAAUCAUCUAUCAAGAACAAGAAAUGUUAUUAGCCAAUGAAAAUAUAUUUUGUUUCUUGGGUCCACCAUUAUAGAGACUCGACUUUAUACGAAAUUAGAAACCAGCAAUUAUUCCAGCUGUGGGAUGGAUAAUACCUAACUUUUAUCAAGAGCAAAAAUGAUUCUUCUGCUCAGCAAUAAUCCAAACUGUAAUUUCUGUAACAUUGUAACAAUUUAUACUGUUAACAUACAUAACAUACAGAAUACUGAAAAGUCAGGCUUUUUGUGUAGUCUUUAGAGUAAUAUAUAAGCAGUUGUAGAGCUGGAAAGGUGACUUUCAGGACUAGAAAGGCUCAUUCUGGAUGAAGUGGUUAAAUAUGAUGAAUGCCAAGUCUGGUUUGUCUAUUGGUACCAUGUGACCUGCGCCCUGUGAUCACAAUAGACGUGUUAAAUAAGUGUCAUGCUUUAAAAGAAUAAUGUUAAUAAACAAGAUGUUGUAAAGAUAGGAAAAUGUGACACUGGAUAGAUAAGGACAUUAAAUAGCAAUGGAAACAGAGAUCAUGUUAUUAAAUAAAUAUAUGUUAUGAACUUACCUAAA